GAAGAAGGGAUGGUGGGGAUCUAGGUUGCACUGUAACUCUCAGCAGGUCUAGACAGCAUAGCUAAUAAAGAAUAACGUGGGGAAGUGUUGUCCGACCAAGACUGUAUACUUCCUCCACCUGGCUGGGGGAAUGCUGCCACAUCUUGUAGAUUCCUACUCGUGCCUUCAAGAAGGGCAGAACCUUUAUUAAAAACAUCUUGUUUCCAAGAUGUUUAAGGUUCACAAAAGGGGGAGUGCUCUAUUCUUUCUUUUUUUUCUUCCAAAGUCUGUCUGUGAGUAAUAACCGACCAGAGUCCUUCCUGUCUUGGCACCACCCCUAUGAAUGUUUUGGGGAGGAGAAGACCAAGCGGGAGAUGAAGGAAAGGUUUGUCCUUUCUUCAACUCGGGCUCCCACCAUUUUAAAAAAUGCUUUCCCAGACUGCCUGGGAUCCUUUCUCUGUGUGCAGAGUUCAGUGAAUCAGUUUAACAGGCUAGUCUGAACAGUAGUGCAGCCUGUGUCGUGUCGCUGUAGGCAAUUUGUUCCAGCGUGCCUGUGUCUGUGUGUGCUUUUCCAAAGUAAGCCACUCAUCUGUGUGGAGGCUGCUGUUCAGAGAACAUUGAAAGGCAUUGUUUCCUGGCAAAACUGAGAAGACAGGUGUAGUAUUCGUGGAGAAUUGGUUCCCAGCGACCACCUUUUGUGUUGUCCUGUCUGCUUGCUCCACCACACUUCAGGAAAGCAGCGAGCCCGCUGGAAGGCAAUUGCUCUGGCGAGCGCAAAAGAGAGACAGCAUGCCCUGCUUCUGCCCGGAACAUGCAAGGACCUCUUGCCUAAACUAUGCUAACCGAGAAAUCCAUCAGAGAGAGGCCGGGGGAAUUCUCUCUUGAGAAUUGGAAGGGAAGAAGAAAAGGACAUCUGUCCCGUUUGAUCUGUUCAGCAUCCACCUUGGCUUCUUCCCUUGGAUGAGGCAGUUGGAGGGACUUCAGCGGGGCGAUGGAGCCUGGGAGUGCCAGCACGGAAAUGGCGUUGCUCAGCAGUAUCCUAGCAGCAUAUUCAUUUAUCACAGAAAACCCCGAGCGUGCAGCUCUGUAUUUUGUGUCUGGCAUUUGUAUUGGACUCCUUUUGACCUUGGCGGCUUUGGUGCUCCGAAUUUCCUGUCGAACUGAUUGCAAAAAAUCAUCUACGAAAAAGCCGACAUGGGAGGCAGACAGUGACAGUAGUGGUAGCGACAAUGAUUCAGACACUACAUCUGACCUGUCUGCACGAAGGCACCGCAGGUUUGAAAGGACUUUGAACAUGAACAUUUUUACCUCAUCCGAGGAGCUCGAGAGAGCUCAGAGACUGGAAGAAAGGGAGCGCAUCAUCCGGGAGAUAUGGAUGAAUGGGCAGCCGGAUAUUCCAGGGACCAGAAGUUUAAACCGCUAUUACUAAUGGCUGGCUAAUGAUGCCAUCUGGCAAUGCAGCCGUAGUGUCUUCUCCGCCUGCUGGGAAUUGUGGGCAGGCAGGGGGCGGGUGAGCAAACAAGAACGGCUCUGCAAUGUCUUCCUUCCUUAUGCAAAGCACUUACCGAAGGCAUACUGACACUGUCAAGCAGGGACAAUGUGCAUCUUGGCUCAUUUCAUUCCCCUAUGCAAACGCAAAAAUGUCUACGCUAUCUUCCUAAUCUUUCAAGAGUUUUAUGCAUUUUUCAAUUCUUUUUCCAAUUUCAGGACUUCUUGGUAAAAUAUCUGUUUGUGCAAUGAACAGUUUAUGAUGCACAAAAUACUAGUAAAACAAAUUCUGUACAAAAUUUUAAUGCAAAACUCACUGUCUUGUGCAAAAAAGGAUUUUUGCAAAAAGUUCUGAGACAUGGUAAAUGAUGAGGGGCUGACCACUUAGAGUUGUAUAUGUCUAGGAUCAGGAAAUUUGAAGUUUUCUUUAAAUCAAGGUGUGAAACAUUCCAACAGUUACAUUCACCCCAGUGAUUGCCAGCUUUCCAAAGUACAGUAUAUUCUGGCAUAUAAGACUACUUUUUAACCCAAGAAAAUCUUCUCAAAAGUCAGGGGUCGUCAUAUACGCCAGGAGUCAUCUUAUAGAGCGGGUGCUGAAACUUCCAAUCCGGAUUGGAGAAUCUGUGGUUGCUGCAUAUUGUGGGGGAGCUCAAAAAUGGCAGUGGCCACAUCCCUUCCGUAUGCAGCAACUGUAUGAAUGCAUUACAAGUAUUACUGCUGUACAAGUACGGUAGAAGAAAAUCUAUUCAUCAGGAUUUGUGGACUUAAUGUGGUCCCGAUGGUGAGGUGAAAGAGCGCCUCACCAGGAAGGUGUAAGUGAAGGGCGGAGCAAGCUGCAGGUGUCUGGGGCGCCCGGGGUAAGGAAAAAAGAGAUAGAGUGGCUCUGGGCCCAGAAAAACACAACUCUUUUACCUGUCUGGCCUGCCCUUGUAUCGUAUUACCAUACCUCCUUCUCUGCUUCUCAGAUCUCGCUCCUGAAGACUGCAGUGAAGCGGUGCAGGUGCGCAUGUGUGAGAUCUGAGAGGCAGAGAAGGAGGUACAAUAAUAGGAAAGUUACCAUAUUUAAAUCAAAUGUGAUGCUUUUAAAAAAUUUAUUUGGUGUGUGUUGGAAGAGGGGUAGCCUUAUACGGCGAGUAUAUCCCAAACUCUAUAUUUUAACUGGAAAAGUUGCGGGUCGGCUUAUACUCCCAGUCGUCUUAUAUGCCGGAAUAUACGGGUAAGUACCAGGGAGUAUUUUAUUCACAAGCUCUCCCUGACUUAUCUUUGGUGUUUGUUGUGGAGUAGAAAAGGCCUUCAAAUAUAAAAGCUUCACUGAAUAUUUGGGGAAGCUAUGGCAUGGGUCCCCUCCCCAUGUGAGAAGAAUGACUUUUGCUCACCUAACGUUUCAGUGAGGAAUCUACUACAGAUUAGUAAAAUAAAUAAUAUUGAUGAAGAAGGAGAGGAUGUAGAAAGGCAUGAUGAGGAACUGUCUUGUGAUUCCGAAAGGCAUGGGUUGACCUAGUUAUGAAAAACGGAAAAACAACAAAGGAGGCAAACAAGAAAAAAGAAAAGCUGUUUCAUAACCGGGGCUUCACACAUCUCAUGCUUGGAUGUUCGAUAUUAUAUUUUGUUGUUUCAGACCAUGUGCUUCAAAAUGCUUCAGUGGCAGCAUUUCUUUUCCCGACACCUCAGGGAUCAAAUUCUUUCCCCGACACAAAUUCAUGGAUCCCCGUUGCCUGUACUUGCUCUUAACCCCAGCCUUCCUCCAACAGGAACCCUGUGUUACUAUGGGAGUUGUGUCAGUGAUGAAUAAACUAUUAACAACCUCAAGGAGGUUUCAAGGGUGUGCGUGUGUGCGUGCGCAUGUGUGUGUGCCUACACACACAAUGUUCAAAAUUCUGCACUGUUUAUUUUAGAAUAUAUGUAUUCUAAAAAAGAGGGGGAGGAAAUCGUCCAAAUAAGGAUCUUAAUCUACAAUACGCCUGUCUCAAGCAUGGAAUAUUACAGACAUAAUUGUUAUCCAUAGGUCAUACUCAUGUAUUAUUUCAGUGUUUUCCCCAAUAUUUUCUCUUGACAAAAAAAAAAUCAGGUAAAGGAGAAGAGAGAAUGGCUACAUAUCCCUAUUCAUUGGUGUUACUAUAAGCUGUCCUUCUGGAAAUAGCCCAGGAAAGGUCAAAACAGCAUGCAAGGAUAAAAUAAAUGUUGAAUACACUCAA